AUGGAUGACCAACAGUCAGUCAGUGGCAAGUCGUCACAGUCCUUACAUUUCAGUGAUGGCAUUGUGGAAUUCAGCGAUAAGGACAGCCAAGAAAGCUCAAACAUAGUUAGCCCUAAUAACGUUCUUUUGCGCUUCAUUGAUUGGUUUGGAGAGAAACUAGCUUGGGGUCUUGGUAUUUCAUCACCAAAGUACUAUUACAUUAUUGAGAAUUCAUUGUCAUCAAAACAAGACGUCAUUAGUUUGGGUGAUAUGGAUGAUCCACAUGUCGCCAUUCUUCAGAAUCCACUGUCGAAUGACAGCCAUUCUCGUUCUCCAGUUACUCUUUCAGAAUAG